AUGAGGAAUGACCACAGAUGGAGCGAACCCAAUUCAAACCAAUUUGGCAAGGUGGAGGAGCAAAGUGCUACAUACAAGGAGAAAAGGAGAAUAAGAGGGGGCUGGCUGAACAUCCAAGCCUUGCCAAACCCUGUGUUGGAAGGAGAGUCCCUGACUCUGCGAUGCCAGGGGUGGAAAAAUAUGGAACUGUCCCAGGUGAAUUUCUACAAAGAUGGAGCACGCCUCCAUUCAUCAAAUGGCAAGAACAUUCUGUCCAUACAGACAGCAACACUGAAAAGCAGUGGCCAGUACAGCUGUUCUGGGAGUGUGACAUAUUUGCCACACAUAGGCCGAGAAACCUCAGGGACUACCACAGUUCAGGUCCAAGGACAAGGUCCUGUCUGGGUCAGGGGCUGCAGCCUGGGAUGUGUUGAAGCUUGGUCCUCAGACCCCUGGAGCUUCAUUGUCCAGGACAUCCUUCCUAAAUCCUGGGCCCGUAUCUCCCCAGAGCUGUUCUCACCUCCUGUGCUGAAUGCCAUCCCCUUUCCCAAGCUCUGUGAGGGAAGCCCAUUGACUCUGAGAUGCCAGACGAGGCUGCACCCCAAGAGGCCGGCCUUGAGGCUCCUCUUCUCCUUCUACAAGGAUGGCUGCACCGUGCAGGGCAGGGGCCAGCACCCAGAACUCCACAUCCUGGCCAUGGAGGAAGGAGACUCUGGGCUUUACUGGUGUGAGGCAGCCCCUGAGGGUGGCAGGGUCCAGAAACGGAGCCCCCAGCUGGAGAUCAUGGUGCAAGCUCCUGUGUCCCAUCCUCUGCUCACUCUGCCACACAGGAUCAUUAGCCCUGCCGUGGGGGACCUGGUGGAGCUCUUCUGUGAGGUCCAGAGAAGCUCCGCUCCAAUCCUGUACUCCUUCUACCUUGAGAAGCUCCUGGGGAACCAUUCAGCUCCUCAUGGUGGAGCUGCCUCCCUCCUCGUCCCAGUGAAGUCAGAGCAGGACACUGGGAACUCCUCCUGCGAGGCUGAAACAGUGUUUCCAGAGAGAGGAGUGAGCCCGGAAAGAUCUCCCUGAAGGGUGCACCUUGUCCCCAGUUGGGCCAGGAGCCAAGGGGACUGGGAUAAGAGCUCAUCUUCUUGGUACCCUCACCAGCCUGCUGAGUGUGGGGAGCAUGAAAGAGGUAGACAUGUAGAGGAAGAGGAAUCUCAAGUCUCAGGUGAAUAAGAAAGGGCAACAGAGCCCAAGCAAUAAGAUAUGCUUCCUUUAUAACCACAAAAGUUCUGAAUCCUCCCAGACAACCAGUUUCCUGAGAUCUUGCUUAACUCUGAGCCAUCAAGACACCUGAGACAUGAGCAGUUUCUCUCCUGAGGCUAGGCUGAGGGGCCUGGGGGAUGUCAGUAGAGGCAGGGAGACAGUGACCUGCACAGGACAUGGGUAGAGAGGCAGAAGUUAUUGGAAUCCUCGUGCAGGUGGGCUUGGGAGACCUCAGCCUUUCCUCAGAGCUGGCUACAGUUCCUGCUCUUUGUUGCUGGGUGCACCGUUGACACAGGGCUGUGUGCCUUUCUCCAGAGGGGACUCCAUGGCCUCACGAAUGGGAUAUUUCAGGAACUGCAGAUGUCCUCUGUCCCAGGACUCCUCAGAGUGCCAGGGAAGGGAUGACAUCUGUUCUGCCCAGGUGCUGCCUGAAAACUCGUGAGAGUAGCUCCGAGCCUCUGGAGCCUUGACUCAGCGUCCUUCCCAACCAGACUUUCCAAACCACAGCACUCCCACCGUCUACCGCACAGGUGCCCGUCCUAAGCCUCUAUGCCUGGAACGCUCUCUCCCAAUAAAGUGAGAGGACAGAGUGGUCCUGAGUCAGCCUCCAUCUGCAUCUGCAUCUGUAUCUCAGAGCCCUCCACAAUCUCUGAGGGCAGCGCGAGAUCACUCCUCCCUUUGCUGCUCUCAUCCAGCUCCCCUCCUCCAACCCUGGGUACCACGAGCAAUACAACCAACUCCAGUACAACCAGCUCACAAAGGGGCUGCACAUCCAUGGGAAUGUAGAGCCUCACAGUCUCGAUUUCUCCUCCAGGAGCCUUGCUCCCUAGCAGCAUAAGCCAAUGAAAGGCAGUGGUCAGGAGUCUGGUCAUACCUGCACUGAUUUUAUUUGGCUGGGUCAUUUGUUCCUUCCUUUUCACCUUGUUUAAAGAUGGACUUUACAUUCUGUGUGGUGAAGAAUUAACCAUUGCCAAGGAGAGGUCUAGCCUUUGCCCACAGCUAUUGGGAGGUGACUGGAGAGGGCUGAGGUGGGGGGCUUGAACUUGACAGAUAAGAGUGUUGUUGUUUGCCCAGUGGCCUUGGCCACCAGACAGCCCGACAGUAUUAUUUAUGAUGGAGAUGUGUCAUCCUUUAUGAUGAUCAGUUCUACCUCCAGAGGGACAGGACACAGAGGUAUCAGGCUAGCCUUUGGAAGAGCUGGUUACUAAAGUUCAGCCAUGCAGGCAGUGUGUGAUCCAGCCUCAAUAACAGCUUCAAGGCUUGGGUGAACUCUUUUUUAUAGACACAUAAUCAAUAAUUGCACAUGUUUAUGGGGUACAGUGUGGCACUUUGGUACAUGUAUAUAUCAUACAAUGACCAAACCAGGAUAACUGGCAUAUCCUCCACCACCUCAAACCUUCAUCCUUUCCAAAUCCCAUCUUCCUGGUUGGCAGCCCUCUGUGUAUUGCCACACAAGGAUGGCAGCAGAGCAACACUGCCCAACUCCGUGGGAGAGGACAAGCUUGCUGCUUCUCUGGACUCCUAGGUGCUUCUUCCCUGGACCAACAUAACCGCAGUGCUUCCCAAUCAUAAACUGUGUAUAUAACAGCUUUCAGUGUGCUUUGUAUUUCUAGCAAAUUAUUGAAAUGGAAGGUAAUUUUUGAAAAAGAUUUAUUUUAUUUAUUUGAAAGGCAGAGUUACAGAGAGAGAGGGAGACACAAACACACACACACACAUACACACAGGUCUUCCAUCCGCUGGGUCACUCCCUAAAUGGCCACAAUGGCCAGAACUGGGCCAAGUUGAAGCCCAGGAGCCAAGAGCUUCUUCCAGUCCCCCACAUGAAUGCAAAGCCCCAAGCAUUUGGACCAUCUUCCAUUGCUUUCCCAGGAAUUUUGGGCUUCCUGUAGAUUGAUUGAUUGAUUGAUUGAGUUGAAAGGCAGAGUGACAGAAAGGCAGAAGCAGAAAAAGAGAGAGGUCUUCCAUCUGCUGGUUCACUCCCCAAAUGGCCGCAACAGCUGGAGCUGGGCUGAUCCAAAGCCAGGAGCCAAGAGCUUCUUCCAGGUCUCCCACAUGGGUGCAGGGGCCCAAUGACUUGGGCCAUCUUUCAUUGCUCCCCCAGGCCAUAGCGGAAAGCUGGAUCAGAUGUGGAGCAGCUGGGACUCCAACCGGCACCCACAUGGGAUGCUGGCAUUGCCUUACCCACUACACCACAGUGCUGGCCCCUAAAUAAAUCUUUAAAAAAAAGGAAACAUACACACACACAUAGAGCAACAAAGGAUAAAAGUCCGCACUCCAUUAGAAAAGUGAGAUGGGAUGGGAGUGAUGUGGGCACAUUGCAAAAGGAGAGUCACAGAAGUGAUGACAGGACUGUGCCCAUGCAAGUUCUGUCUGGGAACUCUGUCAGGCAGGAUGCAGUGUUCGGGGGCCUGGCAGAAGAGCCACACUGCAGAUAAACAUAAUCGAGUGCCAACACAUUGUUGGAUCUUAAAUCAACCGCCUGGCCUCUACACCAUGCUCCCCAGGCAGCCUGCCAUUGAAAACUCCCCACUUGGACUAUGUACAGGGCGGAAAUAUCAUGGCAAUGCUGUUGCAAUGGUCCAUUGGAUCUGAGCACCCUACCCAGAGGAGACUCUUUGCAUCCACCCUUCUUCAUUCCUUUGUCCUGCUUGGUUUUCUUCCCAGGACUUUAUUACUUGAUAUUAUAUAUAUGUUUGUUGCAUAUUGCUCAUAGCUAUCCCAGUGAUAAUGUAAGCUCCAUAUUUUCAUGUUCACCGCUGUGUUCCACACCUAGAACAGUGCCUGGCAUUGAACUGAAGCUUAGUAACUAUUUAUGUGAUUAAUGGCUAACUUUAUCUGUCAGUUGGCGGUGACAGCUCUGAUAAUGCUGAGGCAGCACCCUAGAUUCUGAUCAGUGCUGAGACAUCGAGGAGAUAGUAUUUGAGCCCAUACUGCAGAAUCAAACCCUGAACAACGCUAAAUUCAUUGAGAAAACAUUCAUCACGUGCAGACCUGUCUGGGUGGCCAGCUGGCUUUGCUCAGGCCACGCCCCUCGAUUUCCUUCAUGAUUGCUUUGUGAGUCUCUGGUCUCAAAUGCAAAUUAAUAACAAGAAAUAAAUACGAAUACAUAUUAGUAAUGACACCACACACAACACCUCCUGAGCAUUUUCUAUGUGCCAGGACGUUGCCAGAUACCAUUCUAUUAUAUCCCAGAUUUGUUUCAUCAGUAAAAUCCUGCCAUCAAGCUACGAGGUGUACUGGUACUGUUAGUUUUUCAUCACUUUAACAAGAUGGCCUCUUAGUGUAUGGUUAAUUUUAUGAGUAUUAGUAAACUGAAGGGGCCAGCGCUAUGGCAUGGUGGGCUAAGCCUCCGCCUGUGGCGCCAGCAUCCCAUGUGGACACCGAUUUCUAUCCUGGCUGCUCCUCUUCCAAUCCAGCUCUCUGUUAUGGCCUGGGAAAGCAGUGGAAAAUGGCCCAAGUGCUUGGGCCUUGUACCUGUGCAGGAGACCCAGCAGAAGCUCAGCUCUGGCCGUUGCAGCUAUUUGCAGAA